UCUGUUCACACUCACUCAUGUCAGAAGAAGUGGCUCAUCAGAAAACACACCUGCUGCAUGCUGCUCAUUUAAUUGGGUCUGAUUAUAACUUCCAACACCAAAUCGGCACUAAAUCACAGUGACUGAAUUCACUUCAACUCCCUCAUCUGAUCUCUACGAGUCAAUAACAAUGUGCUGAAUCCAUCCCAUCAUUUAGACAUGAGGCCCCGCUGCCAGAAGAUGGAGCUGUUUUCCACCAUAUAACUCUGACAGCACCAUGAGUCUACGGGAGAUCAGCGAGAACGUGAAGCUGGCCCGCGAAUACGCCUUGCUGGGAAACUACAGCUCAGCCAGUGUUCUCUAUCACGGAUUACUAGAACAAAUCAAGAAGUAUGUGUACACCGUGCGAGACAGCAGUUUUCAGCAGAGAUGGCAGCAGUUGUGGCAAGAAAUUAGUGAAGAGAAUCGACAAGUUCAGGACAUAAUGUCGACUCUGGAGAACUUCCAGCUGGACACGACGCCUGCUAAACCCAGUAACCAUGACGAUUGCGAUGUAAGACCUGUGCAUGUCGAACAGAGACAUUCUCCUUGUCCAGUCAGGCGGCCUGCUAACCCCUAUAAAGACAGCAAACCCCCUAAUAAUCGCCUCAGCGUGGCUGUGAGGGCCCAGCAGAGGCACUCACCUCGCGGGGCCAACGGGGACAGAAGCAAACUCCCCAAGGGCAAAGAAAAGAAGGAGGCUGCCGGUAAAGCAAAGGAUGAUAAGAACAAAGCAGAUGUCCAGGAGAAAGAAGUGAAAAAGUUUGACGGGUCAGGGUAUGACAAAGACCUUGUGGAAGCUCUGGAGAGAGAUAUUAUAUCUCAGAACCCAAAUGUUAAAUGGGAUGACAUUGCAGACUUGGAAGAUGCAAAAAAACUCCUGAAAGAAGCAGUCGUGUUGCCAAUGUGGAUGCCAGCAUUUUUCAAAGGCAUACGAAGACCAUGGAAGGGAGUACUGAUGGUGGGACCUCCAGGCACGGGGAAAACCCUUUUGGCCAAAGCAGUUGCUACCGAAUGCAGGACCACUUUCUUCAAUGUCUCCUCGUCUACUCUGACCUCCAAGUACAGAGGAGAGUCUGAGAAAUUAGUUCGCCUUCUCUUUGAAAUGGCACGUUUUUACGCCCCUACUACGAUCUUCAUUGAUGAAAUUGACUCCAUGUGCAGCCGCAGAGGAACCUCAGAGGAACAUGAGGCCAGCCGGAGAGUCAAGGCAGAGCUACUGGUGCAGAUGGAUGGUGUUGGUGGAGCGUCAGAAAACGAUGACCCAUCAAAGAUGGUGAUGGUCCUGGCGGCCACCAACUUCCCAUGGGACAUUGACGAGGCUCUGAGAAGACGUCUGGAGAAGAGGAUCUACAUCCCUCUGCCUUCAACAAAGGGACGAGUGGAGCUGCUCAGGAUCAACCUGAAGGAGCUGGAGCUGGCCAGCGAUGUGGACUUGGACAAGAUUGCAGAGCAGAUGGAGGGUUACUCUGGAGCUGACAUCACUAAUGUGUGCAGGGAUGCCUCUCUGAUGGCCAUGAGGAGAAGAAUCGAAGGCCUCACGCCAGAGGAGAUCCGCAACAUCUCCCGGGACGAGAUGCACAUGCCCACUACCAUGGAGGACUUUGAGUCCGCUCUGAAGAAAGUGUCCAAAUCUGUGUCUGCAGCUGACCUGGAGAAGUAUGAAAAGUGGAUCGAAGAAUUUGGAUCCUGCUGAAAAAAAAACUGUCUGAUUUAACUAACGUGAGGCUGAGUCGUCUGGGUAACAGUGAGUUUUUCAAUGUGUGUCAGGCUGAAGGUGUGUAUGUGUUGGACCAGUCAGGUGAGGUGGAAGAAAGGAGGUUUAUUAGGUAAAUAAGUGCACUUAUUAAAAAUGGCACCUCUUCUUAUUGUACAUUAUGUUAAUGUUAUGCAAAAGUCUUCAUUUGAAAAGGUGACUUAAGCUUCAACUUGAGGCAUCGCUUGAUGAAAAUGUCGAUUUUUCUCAUGUGGUGGCGAUACAGUUUUUGGACUUGCAUUGCAAAUAAUUCCUUCAAUAUGUUUUAAUGAUCCUGAAAUCAUCAGAAAUGUAAGACAAAAUCAACUGGAGCUGUUAGAAAAACUGACAAGACUGUGAGGACAAAAUGUUCACACAUAUGUUUAUAACACUCGCCUUCUUCGCCUUCCUAAGUGUCAUAACAUUUGUAUCAUCGUAUCUGACAGUGAGAUAAUAAGCUCAUUGUCAGAUACAAUGAUACUAAACAAUGAAAUACUAAGCUGUCAAUCAAAUGUUCUUUUGUUUUUCCUUUUUCUUUGUUUUUCUUUUUUUUUAUGCAAUUGAUUUUAUGUGGAACUGUGUGUAUGUUUCACAUUUUUUGGAGAUGUACAGUACAUUCAACAUAACACUAACAAGAUAUUUCUAUAAAUAAAGUGAACAAUGUUUAUGAAUAUUAA